UAAUAAAUAUGACCGAGCCUUCCAAUAACCGUGCGCGAUCCGAAGAUGUUUAUCAAGAAUUUGAAAAGUUCAGUAGUUUUCAAUUGUUUCAAUAUAUAUUAGUAUGUUUACCACUUGUUACGGUUUCUAUGAUGCACGUUAAUUAUAUAUUUGUUGCUGAAGACGUUGAACACAGAUGUCUGGUGUCAGAAUGCGAAGGUGCAAAGCCGAGUGUAGAGAUUCCAGAUUGGUGGCCGAAAGGAGUGAAUGCCAGGUGUUUGAAACCGGUUGUAGAUAUGCAAAAAUAUGACAAAGCAAACCAAACAUGUUCCAAUAACACGUUUCUAGAGAUAUUGGAAGAAUGCCACGAGUGGGUUUAUGAAAACAACAACUCCAUCGUUGCUGAGCUCAAUUUGGGUUGCCAGUCGUGGAAAUCGACUCUCGUCGGAGGUAUACACAAUGCCGGAAUGGUUGUAUCAAUGAUAAUCACGGGGUGGAUAGCUGAUAAAAUUGGAAGAAAACCCACUAUUAUUAUUUGCUCAGUUGGUGGUUUAGUCGGCUUGUGCAAAAUAUUCAUCACUAAUUUUUAUUUAUAUCUUGGAGUCGAAUUUUUGGAGUCGGUUCUCGUCUCAGGACUUUAUACGGUUGCUGUUGUCUUGUUAAUAGAACUUGGUGGAGAUUCAAAACGAGUAUUGGCUGGUGUCAUUUUUUCGUAUGCAGUUUACGUUGGAGAAGUACUAUUUGCAUUCAUAGCAAUGGGUUUGAAAUAUUGGAAGCUCCUGAUCAUAGUUGUAUAUGCCCCAACGGUACUUUAUGGUUUUUAUGCCCUAUUGCUCAAAGAGAGUAUAAGAUGGCAAAUGAUAAGAGGGAAGUCAACAGAAGCUAAAAGCACGUUGAAAAUAGUUGCAAAAAUGAACAAGUUAAAAGUAACAGGCAAAGAAAUUGACGAUAUAAGCGAUGAAGAGCUACGCAAAAAGUUCGAUGUAGUAGUACAAAAACAGAAAGAGACCAUUAAAGAUAUUCUAGCUUCGAAAGAGACAAUGCUACGUUUGUCUGUCACGUCUUUCUGCUUUUUUACAUCAAGUUUCGUGUAUUACGGUCUAAUAGUACAUUCAGUUUUGCUACCUGGUAAUAAAUACAUAAAUUUUGUACUAUCAUCAUUGACAGCUUUUCCUGGAGAUUAUUUAGCGUUUCUAUGUUUUAAAAAGUUUGGGCGAAAUAUAUCUUUGAGGUGUGCCUAUAUUUGCUCUGCGUGUUUCCUUAUUGCUCAAACUUACACCCCUGAAUCUUUAUCCUGGUUGAAGGUGGCGUUAUUUUUAUUUGGAAAGUUGGGAGUCGCAUUCUGCUUUACGGGAGUUUACACGUACAGCUUAGAAUUAUUUCCGACUAGUGUUCGGGGGACUCUCGUUGGAUGUGGCAAUACAGCAGCUAGGGUUGGCAGUAUGUUGGCGCCACUAACUCCUCUAUUGGUGAGCGAGCUGGACGCUCUACCGGCAAUCCUGUUCUCUUCAACCGCAGUUAUAGCAGCUCUUCUACUGACAUUUACACCUGAAACAAAAACUCUGCCAUUAUUUGACACAAUUGCUCAAAUAGAACACCACAAGUCUAAAGUUAUGACACAUUUAUAAAUCUGAUCUCUUAAUAUAUAAUAUUUAAGUAUUAAAGUUGUAUAAAUAAGAACAUUUUAUAACAGUUGUUUUUGUGACGAUAUCUUCUGAUGAACCGCAAAUAUAAUAGUUCAUCGAUGACGAU